UGUCGUCACUAUACAAGGCCACCGGGCAGCCUCCUGCCUGAGCAUACCAGCCAUGCAGAGCGAGGUUUGGCUGCUAUGCGCGACGCUCGCCGCCGCGCUACUCUACUACCUGACCAGCGCAGCCCGCCGCGGGGGCACCGGGCGACGGCCGCCUCCGGGCCCGACGCCGCUCCCGGUCGUCGGCAACCUGCUCGACCUGGGCGGCAACCUGCACCACACGCUGGCGCGCCUGGCGCGCGCCCACGGCCCCGUCAUGAAGCUCAAGCUCGGCAUGGUCACCACCGUGGUGGUCUCCUCCCAUGACGCCGCGCGGGAGGCCUUCACCAGGUACGACCGCCACCUGGCCGCGCGCGCCGUCCCGGACGCCGCCAACGCGGUCGGCAACUCCGGGCGGUCCAUGAUCUGGCUGCCCAGCUCCGACCCGCUCUGGAAGACGCUGCGGGGCAUCGUGGCCUCACACGUCUUCUCGCCGCGUGGCCUCGCCGUGGCGCGCGGCGUGCGCGAGCGCAAGGUGCGCGACAUGGUGGGCUACUUCCGCCGCUGCGCGGGGGAGGAGGUGGACGUCGGCCAGGCCGUGUACGGCGGCGUGCUGAACCUCGUGUCCAGCGCCUUCUUCUCCGUCGACGUGGUGGACGUGGGCGGAGAGUCCGCGAGUGAGCUGCGGGAGGUCGUGGAGGACAUCAUCGCCGCGCUCGGCAAGCCCAACGUCUCCGACAUCUUCCCUUCCCUCCGGCCGCUGGACCUGCAGGGCUGGCGUCGCUGGGCGGGGGCGCGCUACCAGAAGGUCUUUGGCAUACUUGACGGCAUAAUCGACCGCCGCCUGGCAGAUGCCCGGACGUCGUGCACGGGCGAGCACGCGCACGGCGACUUCCUGGACUCGCUGCUGGAGCUCGUUUCCGCAGGCAAGAUCGGUCGCGACAAGGUGACGGUGAUACUGUUCGACGUGUUCGCGGCCGGGACCGACACGAUGGCCAUCACGGUGGAGUGGGCGAUGGCCGAGCUGCUCCGGCACCCGCGCGCCAUGGCCAAGGCGCGCGCGGAGAUGGAGGACGUCCUCGGCGGCAAGGUCGACACGGACACCCUCGAGGAGCCUGACGCGGCGAGCCUGCCGUACCUGCAGGCCGUGGUGAAGGAGGUGAUGCGGUUGCAUCCGGUGGCGCCGAUCAUGCUGCCGCACCAGGCGGCGGAGGACGGCGUGGAGAUCGGCGGCUUCGCCGUGCCCAGGGGCGCCACGGUGAUCUUCAACGUGUGGGCGAUCAUGCGGGACCCGGCGGCGUGGGAGAGGCCCGACGAGUUCGUGCCGGAGAGGUUUCUGGAUAAGGCGGCGGAUAGGGCGGUGGAGUUCCGGGGCAAGGACUACGAGUUCCUCCCGUUCGGGUCCGGGCGGCGGCUGUGCCCCGGCCUGCCGAUGGCGGAGCGGGUUGUGCCGUUCGUGCUGGCGUCGCUGCUGCACGCGUUCGAGUGGCGGCUCCCGGACGGCGUGGCGGCCGACGAGCUGGACGUGACCGAGAAGUUCACCACCGUGAACACGCUCGCCGUGCCCCUCAGGGCCGUCCCCGUCAUGGUCACGUAGCUAGCUGCUAGCCUUGUGUAUGCACGCAAUCUUAUCUUGUAUCGUGCGGACGAGAUGCGACCGCUUUACACUGUAUGAAAAUCACGAGUUCUACACUA